GGGGCGAUCACUCUCUGCUUUUUGCGCAACAAGUCCAUACAUUUCGAACAUAAUCAAUAUGUCCGGCGAUAACUCACCGGUUACAGAAAACGACCAUGCGAGGGAGGUCUCGCCUACCAACUCCGAUGGCCAUGGUACAUCAAAGAGCACGAGCCGCCGGAAGGGUGACGGGAGGGAAAAUAGCGGUGACAAAUUGUCGUCCCACGCGAUGCAUCCGUACCGUUCGGAUCAACCCCAAUCCACCAGCGGUCUGACAAAAAAGGUCGGCAAUCGGCGGCGGAUUUCGAGAUCGACAAGAUCCCCGGAUGAUGAAAGCACGAUUAGCAACGGAAGCUCGGAACUAUCCAAGCGUCGAUCGGUUUCGAGGAGCGAAAGCGAAAAACCGCAGGGAAGAGAAAGCGAUCGCGCUCCGUUACCGCCGAGUAGGAUGAGAGAACGCCAUGAUUCGGACGGUCCGCCGAAGCCAAAAAGUGUUAGCAGAAGAAAGGAACCACGGUCGUCCGAUUCUUUGGAUACAGAAUUAAGAGCCCCGCGGGAGCAUAAGGAAAAGCAACGCGUGACACUGCGUGGUGGAGAAGACGAAAACAACGUUGGACAGCCUUCGUUCAACUCUUCUGCCGACAGUGUCGGGACCAGUAGAACCAAUCGAAGCAGGAAAUCAUCUUCCUCCACUUCCAAAACGGAAGAUCCCACUACGGAUGAGUCGUCGCAGCUUAGUGACAAGAUGAGGAGACGAAACAGCAACAGCAGCGGUGGUAGCAGCAAACAGGGCUCUUCUACAAGGUCGAGGAGGUCCAAAAGUGAACGAGAACAGGGGAAUCGACUUUCUCGAAGUAGAAGCAAUCGAAGUCCUCAAUCAUUGAAAGGAGGGACGGACGAGCGAAGCUCGAGCCGGAAGCAACUCACCUCGGACGACCGAAGCUCCAGCCGAAAGAAACUCACCUCGGACGACCGAAGCUCCAGCCGAAAGAAACUCACCUCGGACGACCGAAGUUCGAGCCGAAAGAAAAUAACUGUAUCCGAAGACGAGAUCAUGGCACUGCUGGGGUCGACGUACGAUGGACCAUUGAACACAGGGGACGAGGAGGUUCGAUCCAUCUCCCCAAAACUCGAGAAGAGAAUCUCGAGAUCAAGGGGAACCACUAGCCCGCGUCGGAACAACAGCCCUCGUCGGCAGAAUAGUCCACACCGACGCAGUAGCCCUCACCGACAAAGUGAUAAGAAAAGAAUGAUUCGGCGCGCAAGCAACGAUCCGGAUCUGACAACUGACAAGAAAGAAAGAAAACAACGAAUUCCGCCGAGGAGAUCGCGAUCGGACGAACUCGAACCCAACAACGGAUUGAACCACUUUUUAGAGAAAGAUUUGGGCUCCAGAGAACGAAGGAAAGGGGCCAUAGGAUCUAGGAGUGUUGCGUCGGCAACAUUGAGUGGUUCCAGAAGCAUAUUAUCGACAAGGUCGUCUCAAAGUAGGCGUCGUCGACAAAGUAGUAGCACUGGCAGGAUCUUGAAACACCAAGUCAGUCCCGAUGUUGUUGAGGAGGAGAACUUGAGCGAUGACAUGAACAAUUCUGAUAUGAUCAAUGGUUUCAACCACGACGAUUACGACGACGAUCAAGAAAGCAUCGACCUCGAUCUGGCCACUGCCAGGGAAAAUUUCGCACAGCAAAACGCAAACGCAAAACUCCAAUUGCACCUGAACAAGACUGAUGAGCUGCUGUAUUCGGUGUUUCCAAAGCACGUUGCAAAUGCGCUACGUAAUGGACAAAAGGUGGAACCCGAGAACCACGAAUUGGUGACAAUUUUCUUCUCUGACAUUGUCGGUUUUACCGACAUAUCUGCAAAGCUAGAUCCAUUGAAGAUAUCCGAUAUGCUGGAUCGUCUCUACAAUAGCUUUGAUGCCCUUUCCGAUUACCACGAUGUAUUUAAAGUUGAAACGUAAGCUUUUUAUGCCGCAGCAAAUUGGAAUGUGUUCAGAUGCAAAUCAAUAGAAGGAGACUUUCUUACAAUUUUUGUUUUCGAUUUUUUUAAAUCAUGUUUCGAAAGCAUUGGGGACGCCUACAUGGCGGUGACAAACCUCACGAAAGAGCAGCCCGACCACUGCAAGCGAAUCACCGAAUUUGCGAUCGACGCAAUCCGAGUCGCAAACCAAACGGUGGUCGACGAGGAAAAUCCAAGCAUGGGAUUUGUAAACAUCCGCGUCGGGUUUCAUUCCGGAUCUGUAGUAAGCAACGUGGUCGGCGCACGCAAUCCGCGGUACUGCCUGUUUGGGGACACAGUGAACACGGCAAGCCGCAUGGAAAGCAACUCGCAGAAGAACCGCAUCCAUUGCAGCGAAAUAUCCGCCAACCUUCUGAGGAGGCAGUGCCCGAGGAUGCGGAUCUAUCCUCGCGGAACAAUCGAGGUGAAGGGCAAGGGUGAGAUGAAAACAUUUUGGGUCCACACCGAGGGUUCAGUGGCCCAUAAAGACAAAAAGAACGGAACAAUCCGCGGUUUCAUGAAGUCCAUAGGAAAGAGGGGAUAAAAGAAACACCUGGCAUAGGCGCUAUAGGUUUCUUCUAUAAAAUAUAACGGAUUCG